UUGAAUUUUGUUUCUUCCAGUGUGUUGACUUGUUUUCCUUGUGUUGAUUAACUUGAUUAAUUAAUUUCUCUUAAUUGAUUUUCAUUUUUUUUUCUCGCCUUAAUAUUACUCAUCCCUUGGUGACAAUUAUUUCAUCUUCUAAGAAUUUGUUUCAAUCUUGUGAUUAGUUAAUUUUCUGGUUGUUGAUUGUCUUUUGGUUAGGUUUUUCAUUUUUAAUUCACUUUUGUCUAUAUAAUUUUUUUGAUUUCUCGUUUUCUUUUUACUUCUAAUUGAAUGUUUUUUUUAACCAGAAUUAACCUGGUUAAUUGUAUAAAUGUUUCUUAUGGUCAAAAGUUGACUAGUAGAUUUCAUCUUAGUGGAAGUGUUAAAUUUUGUUCUACUAUUGGAAAAAAAUCUUCGAUUAAUAAUCUUCUUUCCAAAAUGGCCAAAGGUAAACGGAAAAAUGAGAAAUUAAGUCAAACCAAUUUUCCAUCAUUUGUUACAUUAAAUAUUCUAGGCAAUGGUUCAUUGCCUAAUCCAAGAUGUGUCAUGUUGGUUACUGAAUUUAAUAAAUAUCUAUUCAAUUGCGGAGAAGGAGCUCAAAGAGCCGCUGUGACUCAUAAAACUCGAUUAACUGGACUUAACAAUAUUUUCGUGACUCACAGUUCGUGGGAAAAUAUUGCCGGUUUACCUGGAAUGUGUUUAACCUUAAACACGGCGGUUACCGCUCAUGGGCCACUUUUACAAGAAAAACUGGCUGGAAUCACUCGAACUUUCGAUGAGAGAAAUGAGAUCAAAUUUAGAGUGAACAACGAUUGUUCCAGUGGAUUUAAAGACAAUUUUCUAACCAUCGAUUUCAUCCCAAUAUAUCGAGGUCACAUUUCUGGAGACGAAGGUGUUACCCUAAAGAAAUCGAAACAUCACCUCGACUGUGCCUUUGUUUACAUUUGCCGUUUACACGAGAGACCUGGUAAAUUGUUGAUCGCCAAAUGUAUUGAAUUAAAAAUUCCUCCAGGCCCUAUUUUAGGCCGUUUAAAAUCGGGCGAAGAUGUAACUCUUGAAGAUGGACGAAUAAUCAAAUCUCAAGACGUAAUCGAACCCUCACAACCUGGAAGUACUUUUGUUAUCCUCGAAUGUCCAUCAAUGGAAUAUUUCAAUUCAAUUUUGGAAAGUGAAAAAUUAUCUUCUCUUCAUGAACCUGAUUCUCGGCACCCAUUGGAAUAUAUUUUCCACUUUAGUCCAGUUAACGUGAUCAAAGAUGAUAAAUUUAAAGAAUGGAUGAGAAAAUUUCCUCCCAAUGUUUCCCAUAUUGCUCUUAAUGAGUUAAAUCCUAGUCUGUGUUUUUUUGGUGCUAAUGUGAUUAGUCAUAAAUUAAGGAUGUUCGAUGAUAAAAUUUUCACUACUCCUUUUACCGAGACCCAAGCUAAUCCAGAUCUAGAUGAACUUAACAUGAUUCCUGUUUCUGUUGGUACCCAGUUCAGAAUUCAUCCGAUCACCGAUCAAGUUAUCAGCCAUGAUGAGGUUGAUCUAAUGUUAAAAACAAUUAAACCAGAAGUAAUUGAGGAAGAUAUUGAAGAUCGUGAAACUUUAAUUAAAACAAUCGAUGAUUAUAAACAACACAUCUCAUUGGUUUGUAACAAUCAACCCGAUAAUGGGCCAGCAAUCAUUUUCCUUGGAACUGGUUCAGCUGUACCAGGAAAAUAUCGAACCUCAUCAAGUAUCAUAAUCGAAACUCAUCCAGAUAAUUUAAUUAUGUUUGAUUGUGGGGAAGGUACAUUUGGACAGUUUUACCGAUUCUAUGGGUCCGAAUUUAAAGAGAAGUUAACUAAUCUUCGUGCAAUUUUCAUCUCACAUUAUCACGCUGACCAUCAAUUAGGUUUGGUUAGACUUCUUCAAGAACGAGCCAAAUUAACCGACUCUCGACCUUUGGUCAUCUGUCCACCUCGAAUUGAAAGAUUUCUCCGCGAUUUUCCCGAAAUUAGUGGUAAAGUUGAUCACCUUUGUCACAUUGCCUUGUGUCAAACUUACCUGAAAGGAAUGUCCAACCAACAAUUACUAGAGAAUUUACGAUUAAAAGACCUUACAAUAGCUCGUGUAAUCCAUUGUCGUGAUUCAUUUGGAAUUAUAAUUACCACCAAAGGAAAUGGUGCCGAUGUACCUGAUCGUAAAAUUGUUUACUCCGGUGAUGCUAUGCCUUCACCUGAACUGAUUGAACCAGGACGUGAUUGUGAUCUAUUGAUUCAUGAAGCAACUUUUGACGAUGAGCUUAUAGAGGAGGCCAUUUUUAAGAAACAUUCAACUUUCUCACAAGCAGUGGACAUGGGCCAAGAAAUGAAUGCCGGGUUUACACUUUUAACCCAUUUUAGUCAACGGUACUACAAAGCACCCGUUUUACCUGAUAGUUUAACUGGUAAUUUUGGCGUUUCCUUUGAUAAUAUGAAAGUUCAAUUCUCUGAUUUCUCUCGAUUACCUGGUAUGAGGCCUGUUUUAAAAGUUCUAUUUGCCGAUAAUUGUGCCGAUCAUAAAACUUUCCUACAAAAUCGUAAAUUAUCCGAUGCUCGACUUGAAAUAUCUCAAUCGUUGAUCGAUUCAGCGAGAGCGGCAGCAAUGAAUUCAGUUAAAGUUAAAUUCAAGCAAAAUCGUUGAUCACUAUUAAUUAAUUAACUAUUGAUGAUAUUUUCUUUCUGUGCUUUUUAUAUUGUGUAAAUUAUGUAGACUAUGUUGAAUCUUAUUCAAUAACAAUGAUUAAAACGUUAAUUUAGUUUUGAAUUAAAGAUUCAAUUCAAUUA